UAUAGUCUAUGUUCUCAAUUUCAAUUUCGUUUCGUUUCGAAUUUAUAUUUUAACUGUCCAAAUCAGUUUUAAUCUUACUUGUUCCUUAGAAGACGAUUGUAAAAGAAUUGUGUUGUAAUAACCAUUGUUUAUAAAUGUGAAUUGAAUAUACAUAAAGCCAUAAGUCUAAGUUGGCGCGUCUUUAUACCUCGAAGAAAGUCAUGUCAAAAUAGAAUAUUAACCUUAAAGACCGGUAUGGAGACCAAAAACGAAAUUUUUUCACAAAGACUUGUGAAGGCAGUGUUAUGGAAUAUCGUUCUACAAACUGUGCUUGCAACGGGGCUAGUAUUUGUUAUACAAGUCGAUCCUUUACAUCCAGUGUCGUGGCUUGUAUCAACUUUUCAUGAUAUAUUCAGCUGGAAAAUGGGGUUAAAUGUCGUCCUUCUCAGUCUGGUGUCAUUUUUCCAAGCUUAUGUCUACGGGACUUAUUACACAGUGCAACAACCUAAAUACUUUACAAGAUUUUCAAUGUUCUUCAACAUGUUUACACUCCAGAAUAUAGUUUUUGGUAUUUUAUAUUCUCUCAAUGGAUAUUUCAGCAUAAACUUAUACACAUCUUUAGCAGAUAGCAAAUUUAAUACUUUGAAAAAAGCUUGUGAAAAAUAUGAUGGGCAGUGCCUUUCGGAACAAAGCUUACUUUUACAGUUUGGUGGGAUGUGGAUGGGAAUGUAUUACUUUCUUAGUGUUCAUAUACUUGGUACAACUGUGUUGACGUUCCCACACAUUUACCAAGACAAACUUCAGCAAAUUAAAUUAGUUAUAAGCCAUAUAAUUUCCAGUGGAUUCAGAAAGUCAAUUAUGCCAGUUGUAUAUUUUUGUCUUUUCUAUAACCUUUGGGGCAAUAAGUCCAGAAAUAUUGUCAGUGAUGUUUACAGUUUAUAUCUAGAAGACCCACCAUUAGACAACUUUCUUAAUUUGUUCAUGUCUGGUAUUUAUAUUGGGUUGUGGUUUUAUACAAGUUUAUUCUUUAUAUCAGUUUUUACAAUGAGAACUGUAUUCAAUAUUGUGCUUACUGAGCCGAUGAAAUUCCCUAUUGAGUCUGAAACCAAACUAACAUUAUGCAAUGCCCUGGCUCAGACAUCAAAGUUCAAUAGAUAUUUAGCAGCGCUAGAUUUGAAAAGAUUAGCCAUGAAUGAUGCCUGUAGAAGAAGUGAUAUAUUCACUCUAUCUCAGCCAGGAGGACAUCCAAGAAACUGGAAUAAUUUGCUAGAUAAAUGUUUGGGGAUAAUAAAUGAAUUUAAUAAAGAAUUGGAAAAUAUAAAUGGAGAUGGAAGUAAUGGUGAAGUAGAUAGUUCAUAUAACAUCCAAAUGAAAAAAAGUAAUGUAUCGGAUAUCCCACCGAUGAGUUCAUCAAUGUAUUCUUCCCCAUUAAGGAACAUGGCAUAUUCACCAAAACUAUUUGAGCUAAAAGAUCAUAAACAACAUGCAACAGACAAUGCAUUUACCAAUGUAGUGAAGACGGAAUUCAACAAUUUCAUUCAAAAAUUGUGCCAGAAGCCAGGGAUUAGUUAUUUCUUUGGUGAACUUACUGAUACAAGACUGAAAUUUUUGUUGAUACAAUCCCAACCUGUUAUUUGGACUUGUGAAGGACUGGCAACAAUUGUAGCAGCGUCAUUGAAGGAAGAUAAGUAUGGUAUAGUCCAAACAGACAUCCCAGAGGUGAUAACAUCUUUAGUGAAUCUGAAGCAAAAUCUUGACAAAUUAACAAAACCAGGUCUGGUACCCAAAAAACAUUUUGUGAAUGAUGAAUUUGCUUUAAGACUGAGAACAGCCCUUUUGUCUGCCCUGAAAAGGAGUUUAUAUAAAAUUGUAAUUACAUUUUCAAAGCAUAUCCAUGAAAUUCCACUAGAACAUGAUAUUCAGGUGGCUCUGCAGCCUUUUUUGUUUUGUAAGGAACCCUGAUAAUUAAUACAUUUUUUAUUUUUAUACAGGUUUUUGUUCUUAUUUAAUUCACAAAUUUGGUA